GUUUGAGUGAAAGAGAGAAAGAUGAAGACGAGUGAGUUUGAAUGUAUAUUGAGUUGACAAAGUCGUAGUGAGACUCGAUCAAUCGUAAAGUUAGUCUCUUCUUAAGAAACCUUGAUCAAAUGAAACGUAAUCAAUAAUCAACAGCUAAAUCAUCAGUAUCGCCAUUUUAAAAGUCCUUUUACUUUUCCAAAUCUUAAUUAAAGUUGAAUCCACAAUAUAUUGAUAUUGACACAACAGCAGUUACAACAGCCAUCUAAACAUGUUUCAACCAAAGCCUAUGGCAAUUUGUCUUCUCCUUAUUCCCUUGAUUGCUUGUUUCAUUCAUUUAUCAGAAUCAGCCAACAAGACCAUUGACCGAGUAUGUUCAUCAACCGCAGGUAAUAGUUACAAAGCAGAUCCAAGGAGUUGCAAAUGUUUCUACAAGUGUAAUCAAGCUUUCUAUCAAGCUCGACUUUGCUGUGAAAAUGAUCUCUACUUUAAUCCAGCAACCCAAGGAUGUGAUGAUCCAAAGAAUGUAAAUUGUACAAUUGUAGCGGAAGAUCUUCCAGAAUAUCGGGAUUCGAGUAAAACUGAGCUAACAUCAGCCAAACCUCCUGUUAAGCCCGAUUUGGAGAUUUGUUUCGAGGGAAUAGGACAUUAUCCCGAUCCUGGAAAUACCACUUGCUUUUAUCAUUGUGAUGCCAAUAAUUACGCUCAUCAUCGUUGCUGUGCUCCAGGUUUAGCCUUUAAUCCAGAGAUCCGAAGUUGCGAUUGGUGAUUAAAACAUUCAAGCUUAAGAUUUUCAUAAAUAAAUUGAAAUGUAAACAUUAA